AUGUCUCAACAAGUCACCAUCUCGCCCGUCGAUAAUAAACCUUUCGUUACGAUUCCCUUAGCCACCAGUGAACAAGUCGAAGAAGUAAUAAAACGCUCAAAAGAUGCAUUUUUGUCAUGGAAAAAAGUGCCCGUUAAAGAACGCGCGAUAAUUGUGUCAAAGUUUGUGGACGCGUUUGUUGCAAAGAGAGAGGAGAUUGCAAAAGAGUUGACAAUGCAAAUGGGAAGGUUCGUCAUGUGGAAGGGAAUCAAUCGUUCUAAAUAUUUUGAGGCUGAUAAAUCGGCUCUUUCACUUAUUAAUAAAAGGCCCAUCAGAUAUACCGGCAAUGAAGUCAUUGGCACAGCUGAAAGGGCUCGAUACAUGAUAUCUAUUGCAGAAGAAAGUCUUAAAGACGUGGAGAUCGUGGAUUCUGACAAACCGGAGUUUAGAAGGUUCAUUCGGAAAGAGCCAUUGGGUAGAUUUUCCAUGCAAUCAUCACAAACACCUCUUUGCGCCGAAAGAUUUGCGGAAGCAUUUAAAGAAGCGGGAUUACCUGAAAACGUUUUUCAGGUCUUGCACGCUUCACACAGUGAAACCGAAAAGGUCGUCAGACAUCCGGAUAUUGCAUUCGUAAAUUUUACUGGAUCUGUCGAAGGUGGCAGAGAGAUUCAGAAAGCCGCUACUACUGGACUUGAACUAGGUGGUAAAGAUCCUGCCUAUGUCAGACCUGAUGCCGAUCUGGACUACACCGUAGAACAACUAGUGGAUGGUUCUUUCUUUAAUAGCGGCCAGUGCUGCUGUGCCAUCGAGAGAAUCUAUGUUCAUGAGCAGGUUUAUGAAAAUUUUUUAAAAAAUUUUGUGGACCUGACCAAGGGAUAUAAAUUAGGCAAUCCGCUUCAACCUGAUGUAACGCUUGGCCCGAUGGUUCGCACAAAAGCCGCAGAAUUUGUUCGCGGUCAAAUCGAAGAAGCGGUUAAGCAAGGAGCCAAGCCUUUGAUUGAUGUCGCGCUAUUUCCGGAAGAUAAGGUAUCUUCGGACGAAGAAGCUAUUCGUUUAAUGAACGAUUCUGAAUUUGGGUUGACUGCAAGUAUUUGGACCAAGGAUGAAGAUGCGGCAUUGAGAAUUGGAAACGAGAUCGACACCGGAACUUGGUUUAUGAAUAGAUGUGAUUGUAAGAAAAAAAAUUGCUACACGUCAAUUGGUAAACAUUAA